AUAAAGACGUUCAGUAGAAAUACGAACUUUGUGUCUUCAACAGAUAGAAGAAGAUCAUGGAAAAUUUCGGAUAUAAGGAAGGGUCAGCCAAACCAAAACGCACCUGGAGUACCAAAACCACCAAAUUAAAAAAUCAACAUGUCUCCAUUGCACUAAAACCAAGGUUUUCUUUAACACCGGAUGUAACUGUUCAUUGGCGAAAUGAUCCGGAAGCGAUAUUGGCUGAAGAUUUCGAAUACAUGAAAAUUGGACCUUCACCUCCAGCGGAAAGUGCCCCAAAUAUGUUCGAUAAUUACGAAGAAUCGAAUGCAGAGUUUGGCUUUGAAAUGUCGAGCGAAACAAUUCGAACUUCUCUCAUGGAACAAAUGAGACUUUCUUCAGGCCGGUUGAUGCUGCUGGAAAACAUUGCUCAAGGCAAUAUAGUUGCUUCGAAUUUGAAGGAAAUGUUUGAGGGUGCGACAAAGGCAGAGAAAAAUUUUAGUUUUUUAUUCGCAGCAUUUCUGAAGCGUUGGGAUUUGUUAGAAGGUUUACUGGAAGCAGGUGCAGAACUGUUAUUUUUCGAUAGCAACGGAUUCACUGCUCUACAUUUGAGUUCAUUUAGCGGAUGUUUGAAUUGCUCGAGCUUUCUAACGUACAAAGGAAUUGAAGUAAAUUUACAACCAAGGGCAUUUACACCUUUGCAUUGUGCAGCGUUCGGCAAUUCAGUAGAAAUCGCUCGUUUUUUAAUAUCUAAAGGGGCAGAACUAAACAUUGACACUAAGAAGCAGAAUUGUGAAGAAUCAUUGCUACACUGCGCUGUUAGAUCAAAUUCAAUUGACUGCGUGAAGCUAUUUAUAUCAGAAGGGAUGGAUGUCAAUUCUUUAAAACCCAGUGGAAUGAAUGCUAUUCACUUAGCGGCAGACUUGGGCUACGUUGAGUGCUUGAAAGUUCUUCUUGAUACCCCUACGGCGGAUACAAAUAUACGAAUCGGAAUUCGGGAGAAAGAAUCUACUGCACUACAUCUUGCUGCAGAUGAAGGUAACGUAGAAUGUGUCAGCCUGCUAUUAGCGAGAGGGGCGAAUGCAAAAUUAAAGAAUCAUCGUGGCUUUACACCGUUGCAUUUGGCAGCAAGAACAACAAGUUUGGAGUGCGUGGAAUUACUUCUACGCGUGGGAAAUGCUGAUCCCAAUGCAGAAGACUUUGACCUAAGAACGCCGCUUCAUACUGCUAUAGGAAAAUCUGAAGCUGCUUUUGAUAUUAUUGAGACACUCAUUUGCUGGGGAUCAGACAUAAACCGUAAGGAUGUAUUUGGUUUUACACCACUGCAUUUAGCAGCAUUGGAUGGUCUCGCUCAUUGUGUUGAAAUUUUAAUUUAUCAUGACGCAGAUGUUACAACCAAAUCGAAAAAGGGUACUACUGCUCUUAAUGUAAUAACUAGGAAAACUCCAUCUUCAUUAGCCAUGAUUGGUAGAAAAUUUGAUGAUGCAAUGACAUUGAUUCACUCACAAGAUCCUUCAGAUAAGGAAGUAGUUUUAGAAUUGGAUUUUCGGAGCAUUUUACAACAUUGCUAUCCUAGAGAAAUUGGUUAUUUGAACACUCUAGUAGAUGAAGGUCAGAAGGAAAUUUUGCAGCAUCCACUUUGUUCUGCGUUCCUUUACAUUAAAUGGGGAAAAAUUCGGAAAUAUUACAUCGCUCGAUUGCUUUUCUGCUUUAUAUUUAUCUUAUUUCUAACAUUGUAUGUGUUGACUGCGCUAGCUCAUAAUUGUUACAAUGGUAGUAAGGAUAUGGAAGAAACUAUCCAAGAACAGGAGCUAUGUCAGAAGCAAUCUAUUUUGGGUAAUAUGUUGCGCAAUAACCCAUUCGUAAUGGAAAUGCAGUGGAUGGUAUUAGUUGCCAUAACCUUCGUUGAAAUUUGUCGCAAAUUAUAUGGAAUGACGGGCUAUUCUUCUGUUCGGCGCUAUAUCACUCAGAUGGAAAAUGUUACUGAAUGGUUUAUCAUAGUGAGUGUAUUUGUUAUUUCUUAUAUUUACACGAAGAGAACCUACACAUGGCAAAAUCACAUCGGAGCAUUCGCAGUGCUAUUGGGUUGGACGCAUUUAAUGGUAAUGAUUGGACAGCUGCCUGUAUUUGGAGCGUAUGUGGCCAUGUAUACUAAAGUACAAGUAGAAUUUGCCAAGCUGUUUAUUGCUUAUUCUUGCAUGUUGGUUGGAUUUACAAUAAGUUUUUGUGUGAUUUUCCCAUCGUCAUCCUCUUUCGAAAACCCAUUCAUGGGAUUCAUCACGGUUCUAGUGAUGAUGGUCGGAGAAUUAGAUUUAGAAUUAUUAAUUAAUGAUCCUGAUGGUAAAGAUCCACCAUUUAUGUUGGAGUUGAGUGCCCAGAUAACAUUUGUAUUAUUCCUAUUGUUCGUCACAGUUAUACUGAUGAACCUUUUGGUUGGCAUAGCGGUUGAUGACAUACAAGCAUUGAAAAAAACUGCAACUUUAUCGAAACUAGUGGGACAAACCAAACUUAUAUCCUACAUAGAAUCAGCCUUGUUCAACGGUUGGUUACCUAAUUGGCUACGCAGUCUCUUGCAUUACACUGCAUUAGUUUCCCCGCAAGCCUAUCGAGUCAUAUUAAGUGUGAAGCCGUUGAACCCAGAAGAGAAGCGUCUCCCGAGAACGAUAAUGAUGGGUGCAUAUGAAGUGGCAAAAAUGAAGAAACAACCGAUCUCAAAUACCAGUAAUCUCAAUAUUUCUGACAAAUAUCGCUUCACCACUGCUUCUAGUAAUUAUCAGACUAACUGUAACCAGCCAUUGGAACGCAUAAUAGAGUCAGAUUACGGUUUUGAGACUGCCAGUCUGUGUACGCUGACAAACAAAAUCGACGAAAGUUCCGAAAAAUUAGAUGAACUUUUUAACGAACUGUUUGAAUUGAAGACAGUUCUCAAGUAUAAUCAAAUUUUGGUUGACAAAAUAUCAAAAAUUUUACUGAAAUAAAAAUAUAAACACGAUGAUAGUUCCACAUUACCAUAUCGAAAAUAUAUUUCAAUUUUUCAUGCAUUUAAA